UUUAGGGGCGGUGUGGGGCCGCUGCGGGGUUGGGUUCCGUUUCAGUUCCCCUACACGCUUCCCAGCACUCCCGUCCUCACUCGGUGCCCCAGCCCCGUCAUGAAGCCCCAGCGGGCGGAGGUGAGCAUCCCGCUGUACCCCCCCAGCCGGGGGCAGCCCCCCACCACCGGCCCCGACGAGCAGCCCCGGGACUUCUUUCUCUGGUCCCUCUUCAAUGUCAUGAUGGGUUACGGGCUCGCCUACCUCGGCUGCCUCUGCUUCCCUGCGCUCAUCUUCUCCAUCAAGGCCCGCGACUGCAAGAUGCUGGGGGACGUGGAGGGUGCCCGGCGGCACAGCACCCGGGCCAAGGUGUUGAACAUCAUCUGCUCCCUGCUGAUGGUCGUCACUGUGGUCGUUGUCAUCGUUGCCUUCGUGGCCAUCAUUACCUGACCACUGCUGGCCACAGCCCCUCGGCCAAUGGACCUACCUACCACCCUCCCACUGCCCCCCCCCCCCAAAAAAAAAACACGUGUACCCUCGUGUCUCUGCUUUGGGUAGAGGGGGAAGGGGCGGCCAGGAAGGCAGAGCCCUGUCCCCUUGCUGUCCACGGCUUGGCCAGCACCGCCGGUGGUUGGAAGGGGAUGGGUGGGCGGCCAGGGUGGGAUGGGUAGGGGGCAGCCCCCUUCCUCCUCCUACACUUGUGCUCCUCAGCAGAGAGCUGCUGGGCUCCCUGGGCCGCUCUGGUGUUUGUCCAAGCUACAAUGCUCAUGUAGAUUGCUGCUGCCACAAAUAAAGCUCCUGCUUGUCAA